UUGUGUAAUUGUGUGACAUAGAAGUACCAUUAAUCUUAUCAUUAUAUAUUUCUAAAAUUUCGAAUGCGGCUAUGGCACAAGAUGUUAAUACAAAUUUAAUAUAUCUUGAUAAAUCAAAUAGAAGCCUUUAUGAAAUAUAUCCUGUACUUAUUUCACCAAAUUGGAUGCUACAAAUUUGCUUAAAGGAUACAUUAUUAUUGGAUAAAUUACAGUCACAUAUAAGCGAUUGUAACAAUUAUCCUUGUAUGUUUUCGAAAGUUAUCGAAAAUGAAUCAAUGAAAUCUGUUAUAUCUAUAAUACGAAAUGAUACAAUGGAUGAUAUAUUCAAUCAGGAAUUCAAACAAAGUAUACAAGAUUGUUUAAUAUGGUGGAAAUUAUUCAAACAUUUUAAUAAGAAUGCAAAUCCUCGUCGCGAAUUGGGAAGAUGCUUGUUUCAAACGUUCUCGUCUAAAUGUAGAGAAUCUGUUUUGGAUAAAGUAAAAUUACUGUUAAUUACCACAAAAGAAGAAUAA